CAGGGGCGGGGUUUUCUGACGCACGCACGUCGAGGUGCUGCUGCCCGGAGCCGCGGAGGCUGUGAGCUUUCUUGGUUGCGGCGGCGGCUGGGCCGGCAGCCGAAGGUUGGAACAGAAGCCAGAGACUCAGUUGACUACUUUCUGCAACCAUGGGGGAGCUUUUCCGGAGUGAGGAGAUGACGCUCGCCCAGCUAUUUCUACAGUCAGAAGCUGCUUAUUGUUGUGUCAGUGAAUUAGGAGAACUUGGAAAGGUUCAGUUUCGUGAUUUAAAUCCAGAUGUGAAUGUUUUCCAGCGAAAAUUUGUGAAUGAAGUUAGAAGAUGUGAAGAAAUGGAUCGAAAACUUCGAUUUGUUGAGAAAGAGAUAAGAAAAGCUAACAUCCCAAUUAUGGACACUGGCGAAAAUCCAGAAGUGCCCUUUCCCCGGGACAUGAUUGACUUAGAGGCCAAUUUUGAGAAGAUUGAAAAUGAACUAAAGGAAAUCAACACAAACCAGGAAGCUCUGAAGAGAAACUUCCUGGAACUGACUGAAUUAAAAUUUAUACUUCGCAAAACUCAGCAGUUUUUUGAUGAGAUGGCGGAUCCAGACCUGUUGGAAGAGUCUUCGUCCCUGUUGGAGCCAAGUGAGAUGGGAAGAGGCACGCCUUUAAGACUUGGAUUUGUGGCUGGUGUGAUUAACCGAGAGCGUAUCCCUACUUUUGAACGCAUGCUUUGGCGAGUAUGCCGAGGGAAUGUGUUCCUGAGACAGGCUGAAAUCGAGAACCCCCUGGAGGAUCCUGUGACUGGUGACUACGUGCACAAGUCUGUGUUUAUCAUUUUCUUCCAAGGCGAUCAGCUGAAAAACAGAGUCAAGAAAAUCUGUGAAGGAUUCCGAGCCUCACUCUAUCCCUGUCCUGAGACGCCACAGGAAAGGAAAGAAAUGGCUUCUGGAGUCAAUACCAGGAUUGACGAUCUCCAAAUGGUUCUGAAUCAAACAGAGGAUCAUCGGCAGAGGGUUCUGCAGGCAGCUGCUAAGAAUAUCCGGGUCUGGUUCAUCAAAGUGCGGAAGAUGAAGGCCAUCUACCAUACCCUAAACCUGUGCAACAUAGAUGUGACCCAGAAAUGCCUGAUUGCAGAGGUCUGGUGCCCAGUCACUGACCUCGAUUCCAUCCAGUUUGCACUUAGAAGGGGCACGGAACACAGUGGUUCCACUGUGCCCUCCAUUCUGAACAGGAUGCAGACAAACCAGACUCCUCCAACCUACAACAAAACCAACAAGUUCACAUACGGCUUUCAAAACAUAGUAGAUGCUUAUGGAAUUGGGACUUACCGAGAGAUAAACCCAGCUCCAUAUACCAUCAUCACUUUCCCUUUUCUAUUUGCUGUGAUGUUUGGAGAUUUUGGCCAUGGCAUUUUGAUGACCCUUUUUGCUGUGUGGAUGGUGUUAAGGGAGAGCCGGAUCCUCUCCCAGAAGAAUGAGAAUGAGAUGUUUAGCACUGUGUUCAGUGGUCGAUACAUUAUUCUGUUGAUGGGAGUUUUCUCCAUUUAUACUGGCCUCAUCUACAAUGACUGCUUUUCCAAGUCUCUUAAUAUCUUUGGGUCAUCCUGGAGUGUGCGACCAAUGUUCACCAAAUAUAAUUGGACGGAGGAGACUCUUCGGGGAAACCCUGUUCUCCAGCUGAACCCAACUGUCCCUGGAGUUUUUGGUGGGCCAUACCCUUUUGGUAUUGAUCCGAUUUGGAACAUUGCUACCAAUAAGCUGACCUUCCUCAACUCCUUUAAGAUGAAGAUGUCUGUUAUUCUUGGUAUCAUCCAUAUGAUGUUUGGAGUCAGUCUGAGCCUUUUCAACCAUAUCUAUUUCAAGAAGCCCCUGAAUAUCUACUUUGGAUUUAUUCCUGAAGUGAUCUUCAUGUCCUCUUUGUUUGGCUACUUGGUUAUCCUAAUUUUUUACAAAUGGACAGCCUAUGAUGCUUAUUCUUCUGAGAACGCACCUAGCCUUCUGAUCCAUUUCAUCAACAUGUUCCUCUUUUCCUAUCCGGAUUCUGGUAUUUCAAUGCUGUAUUCUGGACAGAAAGGAAUUCAGUGUUUCCUGGUAGUGGUUGCUCUGCUGUGUGUACCUUGGAUGCUACUGUUUAAGCCACUGGUUCUUCGCCAUCAAUAUUUGAGGAGGAAGCAUUUGGAAGGGCAACCUGUGGAGGCCCCAGUCAGCCCAACCCCGAGCCAACAGGGACUAGAGGCAGCAGCGGCUGCAACAGGAACUCUCAACUUUGGUGGGAUCAGGGUGGGCAACGGACCGACAGAGGAGGAUGCUGAGAUUAUUCAGCAUGACCAGCUCUCCACCCAUUCAGAGGACGCAGAAGAGCCUACCGAGGACGAAGUGUUUGACUUUGGGGACACCAUGGUCCACCAGGCCAUCCACACCAUUGAGUACUGCCUGGGCUGCAUCUCCAACACCGCCUCCUACCUGCGGCUCUGGGCGCUCAGCCUUGCUCAUGCACAACUCUCCGAGGUGCUUUGGACCAUGGUGAUCCACAUCGGCCUGAGUGUGAAGAGCUUAGCCGGAGGACUGGCGCUGUUUUUCAUCUUUGCCGCUUUUGCCACACUGACCGUGGCCAUCCUGCUGAUCAUGGAGGGCCUCUCAGCCUUCCUUCACGCACUGCGAUUACACUGGGUCGAGUUCCAGAAUAAAUUCUACAGUGGGACCGGUUUCAAGUUCCUACCCUUCUCCUUUGAACACAUUCGGGAAGGGAAGUUUGAUGAGUAAGCCCUUGGUGGGACCAUGCACCCUGGUCCCCUCCCUGCCUCCUUCCACACUGAUUAGCUGUGUUCCUUUUGCCUGUUGGUUGUGAUUCCUGGACACCAGGGCAUUUGUGUCACCCACACCCCCUUCUCCAGCCAAAUCAUUAGGAGCUGGCUUCCCUGGGUCUCUCACCAUCCAGCUUUGUGUGUCGGGUAUGAAUGUUUUAGAGAAGUUGGGCUCUGGCUGGCACUUAUACCAACUGGGCACCAGCAUUUACCUCCCAGCCUCCAUCCAGCCAGAGAUGGCUCUCCUCGCCCCCUGGUGGUGAAUUGAUUUGUGCAGGCAUGCCAUGCUCUGAGCCCUGGGCUUCCUGAUGGAAGGAGCAACCAUGCCACUGGCAUCUACACUUUUGAGUCCUCCACUCCUGCUACUGGAGUUACUGGCUGGGUACUGGAGGGGAGCUCUCUUCCAGGGGGAAUGCUCUAAGAAGACCUACUCAGAUUAGCAGGGAUGGAUGCAGGAAAAUGUGUUGUUCUUUGCCUCCCCCUCUCCAAUGCUUUUUAAUCAGGAAUUCAGCUAGACCUAACUGGCCAUUUUGAGUGACUUCUCUUUGUUAUCCUCAAGGGUCUCAAGAUACCCAGCAGCAUCUUCCUAACCUCCAUGCUACACUCCCACCCCACCCCACCCCCAUUUGCACCCAGUACAACAUAGGACAGCUGGGAGUGCACAGAACAGAGGUCCUGGUUGGCACACCAACAGGCUUCCCUCCCUUGGAUUGGCUACUGCCCAGGCCUUGCUCAGGCCUUGCUCAGGCCCUGCCCGUAGCACACCCUCAGGGCAGAGAGCUCAGAUUCAAGCUCUUUCCUGGUGGAGAACCUGAGACCUUCCCUACCCCUUGAUCAUGAUGUCUUGAGUACAGGACUACAGUCAUCAAGGCUGGUUCUGCCUGCAGGCCACUUUGCUCUGUCCAGUAGUGCUCUCUCUCACUUCCACACUGACCUCUGGUCUCAGGAGGGGAGGCCUAGGCAGGGAAGGUCAGCAUUAUUUAAGGUUUGCUGAUUGGAGCUGACUGGCAGAGCUUCCAGUAAGAGUUGCACAGCCCUGCCAAGGAACCACACCCAUCACCCCUGCACGCCCUUGGGCUGGGGCCUUCAAAUCAUGUGCUGGCGCAGCAUCCUGAGCUGCUCUAGCUAAAUUCAUCCCCACAACCUUCGAGGUGGAGGUAAUACCCUGAAGCAGCCAUACUCAUGCCCUCCUCCCACCCUGGUGUUUCUGAGUGAGCUACAGAGAGCUGUUCACACACUCUUCUAGGCUGGGCUGGCCCUGGACAUGGACCACCCUGCCCCUGCUUCACUGUGUGCUGGCCUAUUCUGACCUGACACAGAUCUUGUACAAAGCCCCACACCUCUUGUGCCCUGGUUCACGUGGUGAUCUUUAUUCUGUGUACAGUGGGAUUUGAAGCAGAGUUCUUGGUCAGGAACCCUACCCAAGGCCCCUCUCUUUAGACAUUCCUGUGCUGAAUAAAAUGUGUUUGACUCUCCA